AAUGCGCCCGCUCGCGCGUCCCCGGGGAGAAGCACGGUGCGCGCGCCCGGACGGGGGGGGGGCUCUACCUCAGCUGCUGCCAUCGCUGCCAGCUUCCCCCUCGCCUUUCGUCCUGCCCGCCCUCCUCUGAGAGGGCUCCGGGCCCUGCGCGGCUCCGACGGGAACCCCAGGCGGGGACGGAUUAUGGCCUUUUUUGGUACCUGUAAUCAAGGAUCUUAGAGUACUUCACAACAGUGGUGUCUGUUGUUGAAGACACCGUUGAUCCAGCAGUUAGAAAAAGGGGCUUGGAGUCAGGAAUAUUGGGUUUUGUUCCUGGCUGUGCUGCUGAGUUGCAGGGAGCUUGGGCAAGACAAUUAACUUUACAGCAUUCCUGCUAGAAGCCCUGGCACAUAAAGAAGAGUUGUUUUUGGUGGACAAUGCUCAGAGAGACUAUGAAGUCCUGGAGUGACAGCCAGACAGACGUUUACAGCAGUGACCAAGAAGAGGAAGAAGAAAUGAUCUUUGGAGAAAAUGAAGAUGAUUUGGAAGAGAUGAUGGAUUUAAGUGACUUGCCUACCUCACUCUUUGCUUGCAGUGUGCCAGAAGCUGUGUUUGAGGUACAAGAAGAAAAGGAAAGAUUUGAAGCACUUUUCACGAUCUACGAUAAUCAAGUUACAUUCCAGUUGUUUAAAAGCUUUAGAAGAGUAAGGAUAAAUUUCAGCACCCCCGAGGCAGCAGCAAGAGCACGGAUAGAAUUGCAUGAGACAGACAUCAGUGGGAAAAAGCUGAAGCUGUAUUUUGCACAGGUCCAGGUGUCCCCCAGUGAAGUAGGAGACAAGUCCUACCUCCUUCCCCCAGAACCUGUCAAACAGUUCCUGAUAUCGCCUCCUGCAUCUCCACCUGUUGGGUGGAAGCAGAGUGAAGAUGCAACUCCUGGAAUAAACUAUGACUUACUCUGUGCUGUUUCCAAAUUGGGUCCAGGGGAGAAAUACGAGCUUCAUGCAGGAACGGAGUCUACUCCUAGCGUAGUGGUUCACAUUUGUGAAAGUGAAACAGAAGAGGAGGAGGAAAUUAAAAAUCCAAAACAGAAAAUCCUGCAGACAAAGCGCCCAGAUCCUACUCCAACAAUACUAAAUGAAUCUAAAACAUUUGAUUGUACACGGGAGGUAGGGGGUACCAUGCACUGUUAAGUCUUGUGAUGCUGUAAACAAUAUCUAUAUGAGGAUAGUAAAUUAAUACAUGUAUUGAUGUCUGCGUUGCUGCAUUAUAUAUGGCAGCAUGAGAUUUUACUUGUAGUUGUCUCUCAUGUUCAAGUUCUUAGAUGCCAAUAUUCUAAACAGCACUUUAAUUUUUAAGAACUAACUCCCCAAGUGCAGCAAGUCCACCAGAUUUAAAAUAAUGGCAAAGCAGGAGGUUAGUUUUUCUGAAGAUAUGUUCACAUUUUCUUGAUAUUGUAUAGCACGAUGUACCAAAUGCUGAAACAAUAUCUUAUCAGUACCAUCUAUCCUAUUGGUUACAAAAUAGUUUAUUUUAUAACAGUCAAAUGUGAUUUUUUUUUGUACUGGUACAACAGCUUAUAUUUAAUCAAUAUAUUAAUUAGAAGUGUAAUAUAUAGUGUACACUAAAAUUCCUCCACAGAUUGGGCCAUUUGUGAACAUGUUCCAUUUACUUUUCUCAGAAAUGCCAAAUAAAUUUUAUUUUAAAGGUACCUUUAUGAUUUGACAUGAGGCACAAAUACAUGUGCAGAAUUAAAUAAGUUGUAGUUGGCAGAACUGCAAUUUGGGGGGGAGAGGGGAAACCACAGACCACUUAGGAGGCAGAUGGAGUUUGCCUCUACAAUAUUAUGCUGCUGUAGGAUGGUGUUACACUGAUAGGUACAAUUGUUUGCAUCGACAGUUGAUUAAAAUAAAACUGACUUGCAGGAUGUUAAA